GUAGUACACACGUGGGAAAUGAAAACAAACUCUGGAAAUGUAAAUAAAGUAGGACUUUAGUGAAUCUUAGACCAGUUGAAUUCUGUUAUUGUUUUAUAAUCUCAGAAAUAGAAGAUGACGCAGCUUAAAUCAAGUUUCAAAAUUGAAACAAAAUUAGAAGCUUUUUAUACAGAAGGUAAAAUUGAGAUAAGUCGAAAUGGCCAGUUUAUGUUUUGUGGGUGUGGUCAGAAAGUUCAGAUGCUUGACAUACAGACAAGUAACCUGGCAGCAACAUUUUCAAAGGAAGAAGAAGUGGUCACAAACUUUAUUUUGAGUCCAGAUGACCAGUAUUUGAUAAUUGCAUCACAGAACCUACUUCUACGACAGUGGAACUGGAAAGAUAAGAAACUUAUCAGAUCAUGGAGGGCAAUUCACAGAACUCCUGUUAUAUCAAUGGCAUUUGAUACUACCUCUACGUUACUGGCUACUGGUAGUACGGAUUUUACUAUUAAAGUCUGGGAUAUCAUACAGGAACAUUGUACACAUGAUUUAAUCGGUCAUAAAGGAGUCAUAUGUGCUUUAGCGUUUAAUCCCAGUAAGAGUCGUUUACAGUUAGUAUCAGCUGCUGAUGAUAAUAUGAUUCGGAUAUGGGAUUUAGUUACUAGUACAUGUGUUAAUGAAAUACAAGCACAUUAUAGUACUGUAACAAGUUUAGUAUUUACACCAGAUGGAGACACUAUGUACAGCACUGCUAGAGAUAGUGUUGUUGUUACCUGGGAUAUGAAAGAAAUAAAAGUACUAAAGACUGUCCCUGUUUUUGAGAGAAUAGAAUCAUUAAUGAUUUUAGAUGAUACGAUAGAUUAUAGUCAAUAUAAUGUAGAUGAUACAUCACCAUAUUAUGUUAUAGCUGGCAAUAAAGGAACAUUAAGUAUAUGUUUUAUAUUUGUAGGAACAUUAAGUAUAUAUGUUUUAUAUUUGUAG